AUGCACCAGUCAGGCUGGUUCGCGAGCAGGGCAACCACACCAGGAAGCCCAAUGGCGGCCACAGUCACGCAAUUUGGCCUUGUGCAGGCUUCACCGAGCGAAGGCAGAUCCGGCCCCAUCAAGCGCCAGAAUAUGCCCAUCUGCAAAGGGAAGCAACGACGAGACGGAUCGAAAGCAAACGGGCGAGAAAGAACCCACCGCGAGAUUCGGCUAGCGCCCGACAGCGUCCCUUCCUCCGGCUGGCCCUGCGAGUUUGUGGAAAGCAUAGGUAGAGUCCAGCUCAGGCUGCAAAGGAUUGAUGGUAGCAAAAGGGUAGCAAAAGGCGAGGCGACGAGCUUGCGACUGAUGGCCCGCCGGUCGGGAAGCUGGUCAGCUUUGAGUGAGCCUUCUUGGCGCCUCUCAUCCGUCUCUCGAGGUUUGGGAGCGCCAAGUGGGGCUGUCCAUCUGCUUCCAGACGGGACUGUGCAACUGGACCCACUAUAUCCUCAUCGGCCAGCUUGCCUGCCAGCUGGCUGCCAACAGCUCGAGACCUAG